AUGGAUAUGAGCAUGGUGUUGCAUUUUGGCGAGAAGGAGAAAAUUCUCUUCGCAUGGUGGAAGACCGGCUCAUUCUCCGGAAUGGCCGUCUCGAUGCUCAUCACCUUCCUUCUCUGUAUUUUAUACGAAGCUAUGAAAGCCUUCCGCUACUUCCUGGCAGUAUGGCAAGCUAAUAAGCGACGAACCACACAAUCCGAGUUGGCCAUCACCAAUGCCGCCGCCGAUAGUGUCUCCGAGGACAGUGUGCAAUUCGCACCGCUUCUGUCCAUCUCAGGACUCACCAAACGACUCCUAUCCACCUAUCGAAUCAUCCAAGGGAUCCUAUAUGGAUUACAGGCUCUUUUGGCUUACGUGCUCAUGCUCAUCGUCAUGACCUUCAACGUAAACCUGAUUCUUGCCGUGGUCGUCGGUGAAGCCGUCGGCUAUUUUCUAUUCACCGGAACCCCGCUGUUGGACAACAACCUCGCCGAUUGUUGUUGA